AUGGUGUUUCUCGAUUAUGCCUCGCGGCACUGGGGAGAGCAUCUCCAAGAUUUGGAAGAUUUGGAAGGAGACACAGAGUCUCUUGUUCAAUUCCUGAUCUUGGACGGAAAUCUCCGCGACGCUGCUAUUCAAGCAUUACAUUUCCGCAACGGGUUCGAGACCGACCUUUCGAAUGCCCUUUUCGAGGCCAUGCCCGCAAAGCAGACUGCAUUACACGUUGCAGCGUAUUGGAACUUGACCAGGAACUUGAAGACGUUGAUUAAGUCAGCACUCGACACAUCUCCAAAAGAUACCCAGGGUUGGACUCCUCUCCACUAUGCCUGUGCAAACGGUCACUUUGCUUCUGCCGAGCUUCUUAUAGAAAAUGGAGCAGAUAUUGACACCCCGGAUGAUCAAGGUUGGACCCCCCUGUUUUGGGCAUCAUUUACUGGAAGUCUGGAUAUCGUUCGUCUUCUGCUAUCCAAUCAUGCCAAGUAUACCAGACGCAGCAAGUCAGGAUCCACAGCAUUGCACUGGGCCAUAUCACGGGGGGAAACCGAGAUAGUCCAGGCGCUUCUACAGCACCAUCAGACACAAUUAUCACUUACUCUCAAGGCUGAUAUCCGGACGCUCAGCGUGGAUGAUGUGAGGCGACUCAGUACGCCAGUGGGCGUUUCGCCAAUACAAGUAGCGGCAGAAGCCAAACAUGCCCCCAUCUUUGAUUUGCUAGUUGUGUAUCUCCAGGCACCAGGUUCACGGGUGGGAGAUGAUGUUUUCGACAAGCUUUGGUCUAGAGAGAGUUUCAAAGUUCCUGUCGCCGAGAAUUCAUGGCGAAUGCUGUUGAAGUCAUCAAAGGGAGGGAAGUCAUCAAAGAAAACAAAGGCUCUCCUGUACAGCGCGGAAACAAUUUCGGGUCAGACCUACUUGGCGGAGGAUCCGAGGAAAUACUUCAAAAAUGAGUGGGUGGAGACAAGCCCAUCGGUGUGGAAAGCAAUAGUUCUUGGAUCUACCAUCCGCGAUGGAUACCUCAAUGCAGCUCGCUUGCUUAUCGAAACCGGUGUUGAUGUAAAUUUCAAAUCCAAGGAGGGAUCGCUGUUGCACAUCGCUGCAUGCCAAAAAGACACAAGCUUUGCACGACUUCUUCUAGAUAAAGGAGCAAAGCCUGAUCAACAAUUCGGAGCAGGUGAACUUGCGUUACACGUUGCUAUUCGUCAUGGAAAUUUGGAAACGGUGAAAGUCAUCCUCGCUAGCCCUCAUGAUGUGAAUAUUCGAGGUCACCACGGAACCCCUCUGCAUGUAGCUGCAGGUCAAGAAGACCCACGAUUCGCGCAACUUCUGCUCGAAAACGGGGCAAACCCUGAAAGCUAUGACUCUCAUGGAAGGAAUGCCUUGCAUCUUGCUGUAAUGAAUGGAUUCAUUGAGACGGCAAGGGCGAUCAUCGAUGGUGGUGCAGAUAUAAACCAGUUUUCGCUGCAAUUAGAUAGAAUAUUAGAUAUGGGACCUAUCCCCAGGUCAGAAACUUGCCUCAUGCUUGCUGUUUUGCUUGCCAACAAGGCCAGUGAAAAGCAGCAGGCCCUGGCUACCGAAAUGGCUCGCAUGCUGCUUUCUAAGGGAGCAGAUCCAACAUUACAAAACAGCGAAGGAGAGACAGUUUUGCACAUCGCCGCAAUGUGUGGGAUUCUAUCAUUCAUUGAUCCUUUGAUGGCCACUGGGUCAAGAGUUGAUACUGUCGAUAAUAUGGGGCGGACUGCAAUCCACACGAUGAUGCAAUUCGCGGAGGUGUGUUGGGAUGUGGAGGAAGUACGAAGAGCGCUGCAUCUUAUGCUUCAAGGACUACCUGAGCGCCCUGCAGCUUCACUUCUAAAUCAGCGAGCUUGA